CUGUACCAAAAAGGAAUAGUUUAAUUGAAAAUAGAAAUGCAAAGCUCGGAUGUCUUUUUCUUUAAUGAUUGAACACAGGUUUUUUCUUCUCCAGCUAGGACCUUUUUCCUACAUAAAACCCUUCGAGUUUAGGUUUCUAUUUCUCUUUUAAGCCUCUUAUCUUUUAUUGGUUUAUGGGUUUUAAUUGCAUGCAUUUUUUUUUGUUAUUUUUUAAAAUUUCUUUUCCAAGUUUUAAAGGGCAUAUGCACUUGUUCAAGCAAUCAACAUUUUUGGUGGUUUUAGAGUGUGGGUUUGCUUCAAAACGGAGUUUAAGAACCAGCUCUUAAAAAUCAGAUUUUUUUUUUCUUUGGCAUUUAGUUUUUAGAACAAUUUAGUGGAAAUGGUUCCCUGUGGGGAGCUCCAAUGAAUCCAACAUAAAGGGCAUUAACAAGCAUGGACUGCUGUGAUAUUGAAAAGCCUAAGAGGGUCAAGGCUUUUCACAGUGGAGACUAUGAUGAAUGUAUCGAGAAAGCAAUGGCUGCGGCAACAAAUUCUAGCAAGAAAGCAGUGAAAUAUGCUCAAAGAAAAUAUGCUAUUCUCCAUGCUCUUGAGAUCAAGAGUGAACAUUUAGUUGAGGAUCAUUGUAGUUCGGCCCGAGAAUCACUUACUGGUUCUUAUUCUGGGAAAGAAAAUGAGUAUUUGACUGAUGAAAUGAGUGAAUCCGACAAUGACUCAGAUUCAGCUCUGGAAUUAUCUAGCCCUUUCAUAUCCUUUGAAGAGCCAAAUCAUAUUAACGGUACUAAGAUGCACUCUAUGUUGGUAAAGAGAACAAACACACCAAAUGAUUCCAAGGAUGAUGGAACAGAACGAAACAAGCGAAUGAGAGGACUUGAGGAUCUAGGCUUGGGUGUUGAAUCAAAAAGAAAAGCUGAGGCUCCAGGCUUGCUUGAGCUAGUUCAACAAGAUAAUGCUUCAUUAUAUGGUUCAAACAACGGCCAUUGCCUCUCUAACGGAGACCAUUCAUCAUUGAUAAAAAGAAAGAGAUCACAACUGGCAAAUGUUCACAAAUUCUCGAAAAGGAAAUAUCACUGGCGACCAUUAACCAAGGUUUUGGCAAGUACAGCUAUGGUGUCGGUUCCUGUUGUUUGUGGUGAAGUUCCAAGUUCAAGUGGUUUGUCCCCUAUGGGACUCUCUGACAAGAAGUUUCCAGGAAUGGAUUUUAAUGAAUCCGGGGAAAGUGUUUAUGAAGUAAUUAACAACAACAACAACAACAAUACUAAUAACAACUCGGAUAAUACUGGAGUUUCAUGUGAGAAUUGUGUCUCAAAUGCUUUUGAACAUGUUGCUGAUGUAUCUCAAAUUAGUAAUACGACAAAAGAUGAUGAAAUUUUCGGCAUACCAGGUAUUCUAGGUCAGCUAUUUGAUGUCCCAUUUGUUGAAGAUAAACCAUCUGCAGAUUUUUCUCCGAUACUUGUAUCAUGUCCAUCUGCGAUACCUGAAGUUGGUGAUUUGGGAAGGCGAGCUAAAAUUGAAGGACAUAAUGAGUCUGGUUUUACGAGAUUAGUUGCUAUUGAUACAAAUAGUACUAGCCAAAGAAUGGAGGAAGGUGCCACGGAAUGGCAGUUAAAAGGAAAGAGAAAAGUGAGACAAAUAAGUAAAAUUCAUAAGCGCGGCUUGAGAAAAUAUGUGGACAUGGAUGAUGAAUCAAAACACUCGUAUGGGUUUUCUCGGGGUUCUGAUCAGAAAGUUGAAGAGCAGCUCGAUGGGUUCCGGGACUGUAAGUCUAUGUCUCAGGAGCCUCGAGUGAAGGGGCCGAUGGUGGAGGCAAAAAUACUACCUGGUCGUUCUAUGACUCCUCGAAGGUCACUUCUGACCGAUCAUUGUCACUAUACUGUUAACUCCAGAUAUCUGAUGACAGAAUUUCAUGGAAUAACUGAUUCUACUGAUUCAUCAUUAUAUGAUGUUAGGAUCGAGGUGAAAGCUAACUACCGGCCACAGCAUGUUCAAUUAGUUUCCCUUGUGAGUAAAGUAAAUGGGAAAGCCUUAAUUGGUCAUCCUCUAACAGUUGAGGUUUCAAGUGAUGAUUGUUACUACGGCGAUUUGACUCAUGAAGUUGCUAUCGAGUGCACCGAAGUUGGUCAUUUAGUGAAGCAAAAUCCCGGUGGACUAAUCUCUACAAGGAAUAUGAAAAUGGAAUCACGUUUCCCGCCACGUAAAUCAGCUAAGGUGAAGAAAACUGGAUUAUCAUCUAAGAAGACUCGGAAAUUGUCUUCACUGACUGGUCCAAAGCCAGGCGUAGAUGACUGGAAACUGGUGACAGAGAAGUUCAAGGGUCAUGAAAUAGCUUGCGUUGCUGUAAAGUUAGCAUUCAGUAGGAUAAACGAAGCAUUGAACAACUCCAACACAACCAACACACCGCGUCAUUAACAUCUGGCAAUUCAUGAAUAGGUAGUCCUUACUAUAAUGAUUGUCGCCAUUUCGGUGUUUUUAUUCAUUUGAAAAACCUGGUAGCUGUUUCAUUUUCAAAGCCUCGAAUAGAAGCAGCAGCGGCCCGAACCGUUGCAUUCAGCGGGAGGUAGAAGGAAUCCCAGUUGUAUGAUUGAAUUAGCAUUUUGUUGUUGUAGAAAAAGAACAUGGUUGGAAUAUGAAGGAUGACGAAGAUGGGUUUAUUAGGCUUUUCUUUUUAUACAUGAAAAUGUAACAUUUGUUGAGGUGUAAAGGCAAGGUAGUUAGUAAUGUAGUAUUAGACGUACCCUUUUUGUUCUGAUAUUGGUAUGUAGUUGGAAUGGUGUACUAUUUUAGGGUUAUCAAAAUCUUUAAAAUUUUAAAUUAUCAAAAUCUUGUAUCCAUUGGUCAAAACUGGUUGAAGCAUAUUAAAAAUUUGAAAGAAACUACUUGAGCUUUA